CCUUGGGCCGCGCCGUCCGCGAGGGUCGGGGGGAACCUUUGGGGCGGACGGGGACACUCCGUGGUGCCGCCGUGACGGCCCGCGGGGCGCCCUUCCCUCCCGCCCCUUCGCGUAGCCGCGUCCGGCUCGGGGCUGCGGGGUGAGGUUGAGCCGCGGCCCCGGGCCUCAGGCCCGCCGCGCUCCGGUCAGGCCGCGCUUCGGGCGGGGUUUUGGGCAGCGGGGGUCGGACCGUGCCAGGCCCGAGUCUCAGGAGGCCGGAAACCUGUGCCCGGGAGCCACCCCUCGGACUCCGACUGCGGCCGGCGGCUCGUCCCGUGCCUGGGUUCUGCGCGUUUGUGCCCCGGCUCCGCGAGCGCCGCCCCAGUUGUGUCCCGGGGGGGUGAGCGGCUCCCCGGGGCUGCCCGCAGGGAACAGGCGGUGCGCUCACCUGCUUCCCCGGGGCGGCUGGGCCAUGAGGACGGCGCUCGUGUACCACGAGGAAAUGACAGCCGCGCGGCUGCUCUGGGACGACCCCGAGUGUGAGAUCGAGCGUCCUGAGCGCCUGACCGCAGCCGUGGAGCGUCUGCAGCAGGGUGGCCUGGAGCAGAGGUGUCUACAGUUGGCAGCUCGAGAGGCCUCAGAGGCGGAGCUGGGCCUGGUGCACAGCCCAGAGUAUGUGUCCCUGCUGCGAGGAACCCAGGCCUUGAGCACCGAGGAACUACAGGCGCUGUCUGGACAGUACGAUGCUGUCUACUUCCACCCGAGUACCUUCCACUGUGCCAGGCUGGCUGCGGGAGCUGCGCUGCAGCUGGUGGAUGCUGUGUUGACUGGAACUGCACACAAUGGGUUCGCCCUGGUGAGACCUCCGGGGCACCACAGCCAGAGGGCUGCUGCCAACGGAUUCUGUGUGUUCAACAAUGUGGCCAUAGCCGCCAGAUAUGCCCAGAAGCAGCACGGCGUGCGCAGGUGUGUCGGGGCGGCUGUGGGGUGGGGGCUGCGCCGGACGGAAAGUGGUGGGGUAGGCUGCUCAGAGACCCCGUGUGGUGCUCUCCUGUGCAGGGGUGGGCUCCUCGCCCCCAGGUGGGAGGCCCAGCCCCUCAGUGGCCUGUGCACUCCCUAUCCCAGGAUCCUCAUUGUCGACUGGGACGUCCACCACGGUCAGGGCAUCCAGUAUAUCUUCGAGGAUGACCCCAGUGUUCUUUAUUUCUCCUGGCACCGCUACGAGCAUGGUCGCUUUUGGCCUUAUCUUCGGGAGUCAGAUGCAGACGCUGUUGGGCUAGGGCCCGGCCGAGGCUUCACAGUCAACCUGCCUUGGAACCAGGUCGGGAUGGGCAAUGCCGACUACAUGGCCGCCUUCCUGCACGUGCUGCUCCCUGUGGCCUUUGAGUUUGAUCCUGAGCUGGUGCUCAUCUCAGCAGGCUUUGACUCGGCGAUUGGGGAUCCCGAGGGGCAGAUGCAGGCCACUCCUGAGUGCUUCGCCCACCUCACGCAGCUGCUGCAGGUGCUGGCCGGCGGCCGGGUCUGUGCUGUGCUGGAGGGAGGCUACCACCUGGAGUCACUGUCCCAGUCCGUGUGCAUGGUGGUGAAGGCGCUGCUGGGUGACCCUGCCCCGCCCCUGUUGGGGCCCAUGGUGCCUCGGCACAGUGCCCUGGAGUCCAUCCAGAGCGUCCGGGCAGCCCAGGCUCCUCACUGGACCAGCCUUUGGCAGCAAGGGUCGACCCCCACACUGAGUCUCAGCACGUUCUUGCCAGAGAGGAGACCCUCCGCUGUGUCGCCUGGGGAACCCAAAUGCAAGGCAGCGGAGGCCCAGACCUCGGCUGUCCUGAGUUCACUCCUGGACCAGCUGCACCUCUACGCCACACCCCCUGUCCGCACGGUUAUCGCCCUGACUGCGCCGGCUGCUGCCCUGGUCCUGCCCCCUGACGUCCUCCAUCAGGAGGGGUCAGCCCCACGGGAGGAGACACAGGCCUGGGCCAGGCUGCAUGAGGCCCUGACCCAGGACACGGCUUUCACUGCACUUGGGAAGGUCCUGCAUCUGUUGAAUGGGAUCCUGGAUGGACAGGUGAGCAGCGGCAUCGCAACAACCCCAGCGGCAGCCCCCACUCUGGAGGUGGUCCUUCGACAGGGCUUGUCCCAUGGAGCCCAGAGGGUGUUCUGUGUGGCUUUGGGACAGCUGGAUCGGCCCCCAGACCUUGCCAAUGAUGGGAGGAUCCUGUGGCUGAACAUCAGAGGCAAAGAAGCGGCUGCCCUGUCCACGUUCCACGUGUCUGUGCCGCUGUCAGGGACGACGGGUGGGUUCUUGAGCUGCAUCCUGGCCCUUGUGCUGCCCCUGGCCUAUGGCUUCCAGCCUGACCUGGUGCUGGUGGCGCUUGGACCAGCCCAUGGCCUCCAGGACCCCCAAGCUGCACUCCUGGCUGCACUUCUACGGGGGCCAGCAGGGGGCCGAGUCUUGGUCCUAGUGGAGCAGGAGUGCACAUGCCAGCUUGUGGGGGUCCUGGCCCGGGUGUUGCAUGGAGAGCCACCCCCCAGCCUGGGUCCCUUCUCCAUGGCCUCCCCAGACGACCUGCAGGCCCUGGCGCACCUGAGAGGGCAGCUGGGAGCACAGUGGGAGAUGCUGCAGGUGGCUGCUCCUUCUGGAGUGCCGUGAGCUGGUAGCCUGAAGUCCACCAGGGUGGACGUCUUCGCAUCCGGGAGAUGCAAACAUUCGCCAGUACGCCACGGCUGGAGGCCUUUGUGCACAGGGCCGGGCCACGGAGCUGUGGAGGGCACUGGCUCGGGGGCACUCUGUCCACGGCAGGGACCUGGAGCCCCCUUCCAGUGGCCCACCUCUUCACAGGCGGCCCCAUCCUCACUUCCUACACUUCUCUGAACCUUAAAAAUAAAAGUUGUUUUACCAGCAA